AUGUCACAUCCAACUCAAUUUCGUGAACAUGGAAUUCAAACUGUUGAGCUGUCGUCGGUGAAGAUGUACAUCAAAGAAGGUGUAGGCGGUACAACAAUGAAGGCAGCACUGGAUGCCGUCCAAGGACUUCUUGAUUCGAAGUUUCCAGGAGCUGGACUGACUUUGACUCGGAACGGAGAGAACAUAAUUGAGAGAGAGUGUAUACCAAAUACCUUUCAGCAGGAAGGAAAUCAGUUUUUAUCCACUCAUGUUUGUGCAGAUGUGAAGGCCAAUAUUGUAACAGUUACUGACAUUGGAAAGGAACAUCAUCCCACACAGAAUGAACAUCAAUCUCAGGAUUUACACGAUGUGGAAAUGGCGAACAAUGUUCCAAUGGAUUUUCAUCAACCAGUUCCCCAGCCAAAUACAACAGAUCACGAUCUCGAAAUCGUGCUACUCCGAUCGAAAGCCGAAGCACUCGCAGCAGAAAAGAAAGUGUUGGAACAAUCACUGGAACAUACAGUUGAGGAAAAUGCGGAGCUCAGCUCAAGGCUAAAUGAAGCAGUCCAGGAAAGAGAUGAGCUCCGCCGACAGCGCCAGGCAAAUAUGCUCAAGAUACGAAAGCUUGGCGAUAUGAUAGUCAAGAAUAGCCAGACCUCGGAUGAACCUUUAGAUGAGGAUAUCUUACAGGACACGUACAAAGUUCGAAAUAUGACGACCGAGGUUAUCAAAAAGGCUUAUCCAGAUAAUGUCUUGAUCAUGCCCGAAGUAGCAAAGGAUCUGACCAAGCGAUUUAAUACAGAUUACUACAGCCGGUUCUAUAUACAGAGAGUAAUGAUCGACAAAGCGCCGGAAAGACGUCGUCGUCUUCUAAUCUCAAUGCUGUUUGAAGUGCUGCAUGACAAGUUCUUUGCACUCAAUGCUCGGCGAUUUGGGGUGCCACGCGAUAUGGAAAAAACGCUGCAGGAGUUUGAAUGGCGCAUCGAAGAGAACUCCAAAGUCGAUUUCGAGGAAUGUUUGGAUUGGCGAAAACGCACGGUAUCGUAUGCAGGACAUCUGCAAUUGAACUGUCACGAGACUAUCGAAAAGUGUCGUGACCGUCUAUUCGCAAUCUUAACACCUGUACUUAUACCUGGAUAUGAAGACCGUACCAGCCAUUACCGACGACAGGUGGCAGAUCUUCAACACUCACUCUACGACCUAUGCAGCGCCUCUCUCAAUCUCGCGCUACGUUUCCGGUCCACCAAAACGAAAUAUGAAUUCAAAUUUUACGAACCCAACACCCGCUUGGCGUCCUGCGACGAGGAAUUGAUAAAGAAACUGGACUCGGAAGGCACUAUCUCCAAACCGAUAGAUUCAAACAGGCUUCAGAUAUUCUGUACUCUUUUUGGAGCCUUGGUAAAGACGAGGCCUCCAGUCUCUGGUGAGCCAUGCGAUCCCGUCGUACUAGAGAAGGCGCAAGUCAUUGUUUUUGAACCCGACCAGUGGGGCCAUCCUCGAUGA